AUGCCGGCGUCUCUGAGAGCUGUCAGCGACAUGCUUGGGGCUAUCCGCGCUGCCCGUAUCGCAGCUCCCUCCACCAUCACUGCUGCCUCCAAGCAAGCCCGGUCCUACGCCUCCGAUGCUAAGGCCUCUCCCACCGAAGUCUCCUCCAUCCUCGAGCAGAGAAUCCGCGGUGUGCAGGAAGAGUCUGGUCUUGCUGAGACCGGUCGUGUCCUGUCCGUUGGUGAUGGUAUUGCCCGUGUCUAUGGCAUGAGCAAUGUCCAGGCUGAGGAGCUGGUCGAGUUCGCCUCCGGCGUCAAGGGCAUGUGCAUGAACUUGGAAGCCGGUCAGGUCGGUGUUGUGCUUUUCGGUUCCGAUCGUGAGGUCAAGGAGGGUGAAACUGUCAAGCGUACUGGCCAGAUUGUCGACAUUCCGGUCGGUGAGGCUAUGUUGGGCCGUGUCGUCGAUGCCCUCGGCAACCCCAUCGAUGGAAAGGGUCCCAUCAAGAGCUCUGGCCGCAUUCGUGCCCAGGUCAAGGCCCCCGGUAUUCUACCCCGCAAGUCCGUCAACCAGCCGGUACAGACAGGUCUCAAGUCUGUCGACGCCAUGGUCCCUAUCGGCCGUGGUCAGCGUGAGCUGAUCAUUGGUGAUCGUCAAACUGGCAAGACUGCUGUCGCCCUCGACACCAUGUUGAACCAGAAGAGGUGGAACGAUGGUAGCGAUGAGACCAAGAAGCUCUACUGUGUCUACGUCGCCGUCGGCCAGAAGCGAUCAACCGUUGCCCAGCUCGUCAAGACCCUCGAGGAGAAUGACGCCAUGAAGUACUGCACUAUCGUUGCCGCCACUGCCUCCGAGGCUGCUCCUCUUCAGUACAUCGCUCCCUUCGCUGGAUGUGCUAUUGGUGAAUACUUCCGCGACAAUGGCAAGCACGCCGUCAUCAUCUACGAUGAUCUGUCCAAGCAGGCCGUCGCUUACCGUCAAAUGUCUCUCCUGCUCCGUCGUCCUCCUGGGCGUGAGGCUUACCCCGGUGACGUUUUCUACCUCCACUCUCGUCUUUUGGAGCGUGCCGCCAAGCUUAACGACAAGCACGGCGGUGGUUCCCUCACUGCUCUGCCCAUCAUUGAGACCCAGGGUGGUGAUGUGUCCGCCUACAUUCCUACCAACGUCAUUUCCAUCACCGAUGGUCAGAUCUUCUUGGAGUCCGAACUUUUCUACAAGGGUGUCCGUCCUGCCAUCAACGUCGGUCUAUCCGUCUCCCGAGUCGGCUCCGCUGCUCAGCUCAAGGCCAUGAAGCAAGUCGCCGGUUCGCUCAAGCUCUUCUUGGCUCAAUACCGUGAAGUCGCCGCCUUCGCUCAGUUCGGUUCCGAUCUUGAUGCCGCCACCAAGCAGACGCUCAACCGUGGUGAGCGUUUGACCGAGCUCCUCAAGCAGAAGCAAUACUCUCCUAUGGCUGUCAACGAGAUGGUUCCUCUCAUUUUCGCUGGUGUCAACGGUCAUCUCGACUCCGUUCCCGUCAACAAGAUUCUGCAGUGGGAGGCUGACUUCCUGUCGCACCUCCGAAGCGACAAGCAAGACCUCCUCCAGCAGAUCGACAAGGAGGGUCAGCUCAGCAAGGACCUCGAGGCUCACCUCAAGGAGACUGUCCAGAGCUUCACCAAGAGCUUCACCUCAUAG